AUGGCCCAGACUGCGUCUUUACGCAUUUACUCUGAUAGCUCUGCUCCCCGGAGUCCUAGCAAAGGUCUGUCAACAGGGGUUUUGCCUCUUAUUGAUAGUGCCCCAUUGGACGACCAGAGUGUGGUUAUCAGAUCUAAUAUCUCUCCCCGACGGCUCACCCUGGGCGAUUCUGUGCAAGCAAUCAUAGGUGAAACAUCAUCUAGUGCCUCUAUUGCCAUUUCUGCUACUGUAGGACCUUUAAAAAUAUCAGUGGUAGUCAAUGAGAUGAAAAAACUCCACUUUACAACUACAGCUGGAGAGGAUGUAUACUUUGAUAAAAAUGGAGACCCAGCAGCAAGGUAUGAACUGCUGAAUUGGCAACAAGAUAAAGAUGGUAAAAUAUUCUUUGUUAAAGUGGGCUUCUAUGAUGGCUCUUUGCAAACACUCCCUCAGCUUUCAUUUAACAACAUCAGUAUAGCCUGGGCCCAUAACAAAUCACAGAUGCCAGUCUCAGUGUGUAGUCCAAGUUGUCCCCUGGGCACAAGAAAAGCUGUGCAGAAAGGAAGGCCAAUCUGCUGUUUUGACUGCAUACCAUGUGCAGAGGGAGAAAUCAGUAAUGUAACAGAUUCUAUAACUUGUAUCAAGUGCCCACCUGAACUGUGGUCGAAUGACAGGAAAGAUGCAUGUGUCCUAAAGCUGGUGGAAUUCCUGUCAUUUGAAGAAAUAAUGGGAAUCAUUCUUGCAUCAUUUUCUUUGUUAGGAGCAUCAUUUACCAUCUGCAUUGCUGUAAUUUUCUUUAAACACAAGGACACACCAAUUGUUAGGGCCAACAAUUCUGAACUGAGCUUCUUGUUGCUCUUCUCACUCUUUCUUUGUUUCCUCUGUGCACUUACAUUUAUUGGUCGUCCCUCUGCAUGGUCAUGUAUGCUGCGUCACACAGCAUUUGGGACCACAUUUGUCCUUUGCAUCUCCUGCAUUCUGGGUAAAACAGUAGUGGUGUUAAUGGCCUUUAGGUCUACACUUCCAGGCAGUAAUUUCAUGAAAUGGUUUGGUCCUCUACAGCAGAGAUUCAGUAUUCUUGCCUUCACUUUUGUACAGGUCAUUAUUUGUGUCCUGUGGUUAAUAAUAUCCCCUCCAUUUCCCUACAAGAAUAUGAAGUACUACAAGGAAAAGAUCAUAUUAGAAUGCAAUGUAGGUUCAGCUGUAGGUUUUUGGGCUGUGCUUGGUUAUAUAGGACUCCUGGCUGUUUUGUGUUUUAUUUUGGCUUUUCUGGCCCGGAAGCUGCCUGACAAUUUCAAUGAAGCUAAAUUCAUCACAUUUAGCAUACUCAUAUUUUGUGCAGUUUGGAUUACUUUUAUUCCUGCUUAUGUCAGCUCUCCUGAAAAAUUCACUGUAGCUGUAGAAAUAUUUGCCAUUUUAACAUCAAGCUUUGGUUUAUUACUUUGCAUAUUUCUUCCAAAGUGCUAUAUCAUUGUACUGAAGCCUGAUAAGAACUCUAAAAAGCAAAUGAUGGGUAAAACACCUGCUAAAUGA